GUUGGAGAGAGAGAGAGAGAGAGAAGAAACAUAAACAUCUAAAAGGAAAGGGAGAAUGCAGAAUGAGGAGGAGGAGCCGCUCAGCCCGAUGGCUCGUGUAUUCCAAUCGCCGGGCAUAGACUUAUGUGCCAUCAUCAACAUUGGGUUCAAAACAAAAAUUAAUCCCGACGUUGUUCUUGAUGCUUUGAAGCAAAAUGUCUACAAGCAUCCUCGUUUCUCCAGCAAACUGUCUGAAAAUGGUAAAAAAUGGAUCGAGACCGAAGUCAAUGUAGAAGAUCAUGUCAUCGUACCAUACAUAGAUCCGGAAGAGAUAUGUGAAGGUGGACAAAGCUUCGUCGAUGAUUAUAUCUCACGUCUCACAUUGAUUCCUCUUGAUAGAUCAAGACCUUUGUGGGACAUUCACAUUCUUAAUGUCAAAACCUCAGAUGCUGAAGCAGUCGGUGUAAUAAGAUUUAACCAUGCGUUGGCAGAUGCAAUGUCCUUCAUUUCCCUCGUGCUCGCAUGUACCCAUAAAACAUCAAAUCCAGACAUGUUGUCUACUGCUAUUCCUUCCGUGAAACGGCGAAGCACGGUGUCACAUAGCCUUGAAAAUGGCUGGUUCUUAAGGGCAAUAUUCACCAUUGGUUCUACAAUGAGACUGAUUUGGAAUACAUUGGUAGAUAUGUUCUUGCUUUUUGCGACUGUGUUGUUUCUGAAGGAUACAAAAACGCCACUAAAAGGCGGUGCGAAUGUCAGGAGCAAUCCAAAGAGAUUUUAUCACCGAAAUAUCUCUCUAGAUGACAUUAAACUUAUCAAGAACGCUAUGAACAUGGUACGUUAAUUGUGAUUUAUGUUCAUAACUCUCUUGAGGGUUUCUCUUACCUUUUUAAUGGAUCUGUGCUUUCUAUUGCAUAUGCUGCGCGCUAGACUAUCAAC